CUGUCUUCGUUGCUGUCUUCUUGACAUCAUUUUGUCUGACAACUUUUAAGUUUAGUUGUUGAAGUUAAACCAGUAAAAUUAAAAAAAAAAAGUAGCCCACAGCAGCGACAUGGCGGCCACCGCUGGUUCCUGGACACCGCGGAGGGAUGACGCCAGCUACAAGUUACAUUUCCGAAUGAUAAACGAGCAACAAGUGGAGGAUAUCUGCAUAGACUUCUUCUAUAAGCCACACACUAUCACACUGCUGACAGGGACCGUGCUCAGCUUGAUGUACUUUGUUUUCACCAGGGAUGAUGAACAGCCAGACAACAACCUCCGUGUUGGUUUAUUGGUGGUUGUGUCCUUCUUCUUGGUCGUCAGUGUCCUGGCGUUUCCUAAUGGUCCCUUCACCAGGCCGCACCCUGCCAUAUGGCGAAUGGUAUUUGGUCUCAGUGUGCUCUACUUUUUGUUCCUCGUCUUCCUCAUCUUCCUGAACUGGGACCAAGUGAAGACUCUGAUGUACUGGCUUGACCCAAAUCUGCGCUAUGCCAAACGGGAAGCUGACAUCAUGGAAUAUGCUGUAAACUGUACAGUGAUAACGUGGGAACGCAUACUGAGCCACUUUGACAUCUUUGCAUUCGGCCACUUUGCCGGGUGGGCCAUGAAGGCUGUCCUGAUCCGCAGUUAUGGCUUGUGUUGGACCAUCAGCAUCACCUGGGAACUCACUGAGCUGUUCUUCAUGCACCUCCUGCCUAACUUUGCGGAGUGCUGGUGGGAUCAGGUGAUACUGGACAUACUGUUGUGUAACGGAGGAGGAAUCUGGCUGGGCAUGACAGCCUGUCACUUUCUGGAAAUGAGGACCUACCGCUGGGCCAGCAUCAAGGAGAUCCACUCCACCACGGGGAAGAUAAAGAGAGCUGUGCUCCAGUUUACUCCAGCCAGCUGGACAUUUGUACGCUGGUUUGACCCAAUGUCCUCCUUCCAGAGACUAGCAGGCAUCUAUCUCUUUAUGAUCCUCUGGCAGCUGACAGAGUUGAACACGUUCUUCCUCAAGCACAUCUUCAUCUUUCAAGCCUCUCACCCUCUCAGCUGGUGUCGUAUCCUCCUUGUCGGAAUCAUCACUGCGCCCACCGUACGACAAUAUUAUGCGUACCUGACAGACACCCAGUGUAAACGAGUCGGCACACAGUGUUGGGUGUUUGGAGCUAUCGCUUUCCUGGAGGCUCUCGCUUGUGUGAAAUUUGGCCAUGAUUUGUUUUCCAAGACGCAAAUUCGCUACGUGCUCCUGUGGCUGCUCUGUCUGGCACUCAUCACACUUCUGUGUUUGUAUGGGAUGGUGUGGUAUGAGCAAAAUAAAAUGAAGAACACUUCUGUACAAAGUGAGGACUGUACAGACAGCAGUGUUGUUGACUCAUGCGGUUUCAUCCCAGAUGGCCUUGCAGCUCAGAGGGAUUCCUCGAGAAGUUUACAACCUACAAAACGGAGGAAGGCGUCUGGAAGAAACCGAUUUGUGAAUGGACACGGAGGAAAGAGACAAUAAGCAACACUGACGCUGAGUAUUCACGUCCUCUGUGAAGGAGAUUCAACCAGAGGAAUACAGUAUGCAGCUAAAUUUGCUUUAAGUUGCAUCAGUGGUUUAAUGAAUCUCAGCAUGCACAAAGCAUUAGCAUAAGCCAAAGUCACACCAAAAAGGCUCAGUAUCGUGUUUAAAGUUCCAGUAGAUGUGGGAGUCAAAUGCAAAACACGACAAUGAGCUGAUUUAUAGACCUACAGUCUGGGGUCCUGAUUCUUUGUAGAGUUUCUUCUUUUUUUUGUAUUUAAUGUGACGGACUUUUCUAAGCAGACCUAAAUAACAAUGUAGUAUACACUGGAUUUUGAAAGAGAAAACAGCACUAGUUGCACUGUAGAAACUAGCAUGUUAGCUUUAGCAUCUCUAUUUAACAGAAGAAUGAAUGUUGUUUGAAUUCUUUUUACUGUGAGACAGGCAAAUAUGUGUAGCGUACAAACCAGUCUAAGACACCACACAGCAUAUGCUACAAGCACCUUUUGCACUUAACCUCGUUGACUGUUACGUUUUUGAAUAUGUAUUGGUUUUUGACUAACAGCUGUAUUUUGUGUGUUAAAGAACAUUCCUGCAGAAUUUUUAAUGUUGGAGUUGGAAACCCAAAAUGGCAUUUGUCUACACAUACCAAAAUUACAUUUUUGGAUUUUUUGGAUGAAAACAAAUCACAAAAAUAAGAGUAACAGUAAUUUGACAUGCUAAAUAAUAGAUUUAGGCUGGAUCAAAACACAUAUCACUUAAAUUGAAGUUAUUUUGAAUCCAACAUUGCAAACAUUUGAUACAUAUCUUAGUUUUUGAAAUACAACAAUAUCUGUGCCAUACUAUAUUAGGAGUUAGUACGUGGCAUUACUUGUUUUAUCAUUUUUCAGAAAAAAAACACAAGUGGAAAUACAGGUUCCAAUGAUCACAUGUUCAAAAAAGCUGCAUACAGUUAAUACCCAGGUUGAGCCAUUAACUUACAUUGAUUUCCUGGAGACUUACUUUAAUCUUAACCAUAACUACUCCUUGCCUGAACCUAACCCUCCUCUAACCUUAAAGCAUGUCUUCACAUUAAAAUGUCAUGAUUUAUGUUACUGGGACUCGCUUUUCGCCCCCAUAAGGAAGGCACAUCCCUAUAAUGUGACUGUGUAAACAGAUUUAGAUCUGCCUGACACGAGCAAUAAAUGGACCAGACACACAAAGAGAGAGAGACGGUGCAUGGAAGAGAGCCCAAAGCCAGAUUUUUUUGUGGCACUUGUUUGAAAUUAUGGCACUAAUAAAUGUUUUAUUCAUGUAUCUGUUUUGGUGCCAUUAGCAACUGUCAGUCUUGCUGGCAGUCGCAGGGGAAGAGUUGCUCCAAGUGAGAGAUGGCUAAUUCUUGAUCCAUUGUUCAAGAGGUGAUUGAAUUGAUAGCAUCAGUUGACGACGCUGACAGAAUAUUGUUGACACUGGGAGGCAUUUUUGUUCAGUCUCCAGCUUGUGAGAGCGGUUACAGUGCAGGGGACAGUGGAGACGAGGAGAUUUGUGGAAGUCUGGACAAACUUUUCUGGUCGUCAGCUUAGACGUUGUGGCAGAUUUGAUCCUCUACAAAAAUAGAGAAAAGGACCAAAUUAAUGAUGAUGAUGAGUUGCUGAAGAUGAAGAGACACUACAAGUGGCUAGGACUAGUUCCAACACUAACAAUGCACAGAAUGAGGAGGGCCUACUCAAGGACACAGCUGAUUGCUGACAGUGAGAUUGAACCCCAAAAAAAUGUGACAAAAGGGAUAUCUCCCCAAGAGAGAAAAGGAGAAAUUUGUGUAGUGGGAACUAUUUGAGGAGUUCUUAUACAGCAAACUGAUUGUUGAGUUUCACCAAAGCAACCCAUUUUCAUUUACAAAGGGAGCCACAACCCCAAUGUUUCCACAAGUGAGAGCUUUCUUUGUAGGGCUGCUGAUAAAUAGCUACAGCACAGUGCCAUAGAAUCGCAUGAAGUGGGAAGGUAAUAGUGAUUUCUAAAAUCCUGCUGUGUCCCAGCUAUUGACCUGGAAGACAUUGUAAGACAUCAUCAAGUCUCUACACCUAGCGGAUCACAGCAGUGUUCCCCUGGUGACAAACUUGGCCAAGUGACACCCCUGGUAAAUAUGAUGGAUCAGAGAUUUGCCAAACAUUUCUCUGAGCAGCAUGGAUGAGCCAAUGAUCCCUUACUAUAGCAAACAUUUCACCACGCAUUUCAUCAAGGGAAAAUCAAUACGGUUGGACACACGAUAUGGUGCCUGGCACAAUCCAGGAUACCUUAUCCAGUGCCAACCCGACACUGGGAAGUGUGCCAGAGUGCUGGAUAUCGGGCUUGAUGGCUCCAUGGUUAUGGAGCUUUUAGGUUCACUGCCAAAGGAUGUAAGAUUUCAGUUCACUUUGGACAACUUCUUAACAUCCCUCCCCUUGCUUCAUUCCCUCUGUGUGAAGGGAACCUGUACCACAGGAACCCUGAAGGCUAAUCAUGUGAAGGACCUGAAGACCAAAACAAUCCAGGCUAAGCUGUAGUCCCCCUGCUUCUAGGUAGUUGUCCCGCUGGGCUGUAAUGCCUAACAAGAAGGUUGCUCCCUAUUCCAAGCACACACACACACAGAAGGAGGACGGUCAACCCCAGAGUUGUGAGUUAUUACAGCACAAACAUGGGAGUCGUUGACAGAAAGGACCAAAGCAAAAGCUACCACUGCAUCAAGAUUCAUUCCAAAGAGGUUCCAAUUUUUCAGGUUCAUGCCAGAUGUGACAUUACAGAAAGCAUUGUUUCUCCAAACCACAAGUCCUGCAGAGGCAUAGAGAGGCCAACAGACCUCCUCGAGAUGUGAGGGUGUACUGGAUGAAGUACUCCAGACAACAACCUCUACACAAAAUGCAAGUGUGGCCAAAAUACUCUGCUAUGAUGAAAAAGGCCACUAUUCAGGUUGAAGACAUUGCAGAAAGAGGGUAACAGUGAUGUGUGGGACAUGCCAUUCUCCCAUCACAUCCACUGUUGUAAAGCCUUCCAUGAGAAGUGACAGAAAGCAACUUGAAGCCAAUGAACUGAAUAAUUAAAGCACCUCAUCACAUGCUGAUUACUGCUGGUGUUUACACUUAAUGGAUAGUACCAUGCAGUGAUGAAACGGAUCUUUUCUGACCAUUUAGGAACAACUAAACCCUUAUUUGAGACAUGUUGUGUUGAAGAGAACCUUCACUUCAACCCACAAAUUAGGAGCUGCCACCAAGUCAAGAACUCUUCAGCACUGUUGUGGAGGAUAAAUUACAUUGCUAUGCAGUUUUGUCAUUAAAGUUUUGUAGGUAUAUAUUCCUCUUAAUUACAAUUUGCAUAAAUUUCUGUUUGUGAACUGCUAAGCUGUGAAAAGUUUCAGGCAUCACAUUUUGAAUAUAUUUCUUUUGUUGGAUGUUAUAAAAUACAAUUGAAUAUCAUCUGCCUUUUGUACAGACUUUAAGACAUGUAAAUAAUAUAAUAAUAAACAGAACUGUUGGUGGUAGUAGUAUGUGUGGGUUUGUGUGUGUGAGAGAGAGUAAAAGGGAGGGGAGACGAGGUAACAAGGAUACUGAACUGAGGUGAAAAUAUUAAAACAGACAUUUUAUUCAACUGUGCCCAAUGUCAAUACUGGACCAAGGCUAUAUGUGUCUCCAACAUUUUAAAUAUCUGAAAUCCCUAGCCUGUUGUUCUAGAGGUGUUGCUGUGGAAAAUAAUACAAAAUCAGCAAUCCUCUUGUGACUAACAAAAAAACAAAGGAUGUUCGUAAAAACUUGCACUAUUGCCUCAUAGUUUAACCAAAUUAAAAAAUAAAUUAGUGGCUUUGUGUGCCGUAAAGUUAAUUAUAAAACUCCACUUAAUGGUUGAAAGCUUUACAAAAACAUUAUCGUGUUUGGCAUUUUGUAAAUUAUUUAAAUGAUUGUUUGUUAGCUUUGUUGAUUUAAAAUAUUUGUGUUGGUAAUAUUUGCCAUAGCUGAUUAUAUUUUCAAUUGGCUACAAGACAGUAAAGUCGUGGUAUACGUGAUUUUCUUCCAUCAACAUAGUGUCAUCAGGAAAUUUAAUAUUUGUCUAUUUCAAAUGAAAGGACACACAGGAACCAACUGUGGCCUGCACAUGUUAUUCAUACCCCUGUUAUUAGAACAGUUGAAACGUGUGUUAUUUUCACCAUUUUAUGUGUUCAUAAGUAGAUGCAGUGUGUGUAUAUGUAUGGUGUAUAGGACAGAGGAUAGCCAGACCUUUAAUAUAAUAGCACCCUGAUGACAUUCAGUAGCAGAAGAUAAUCACGUGUGAAAUGGGCAAUUUAUUUCGUUUUUUUUUAGUGAUCCAUAUUAAUAAAAUGUGACUUUAAUAACACAGAAUGUGACGGUCCACAUAAGCUGUUCCUAUCAUUGUUGAGUGUGCAGUAGUUGCAGACGUUGUAUUAAUAGUUACCUGCCUCAGAUUCCAGUCUUUUGGACAUAUUCCGUGUUUGUACUGAAAACUACACUGUUUUUCAAAUAAAAUGGUUAAAAAAGAAAACAAAAUGGUAGUUGGGACCUCCAAUGUGUUUUGUCACUGAUGGGUGGGCUUGCUUGUUUUGUAUGCAUAAAUAAAUGACUACAGAUAACAAA